AUGAAGCAAAAUCGUCGAUGGCAGAGGAUUCUGUUCCUCUCCCUGCUAUCGAUAACUGUGUUUGCUCCGCUCGUUUUCGUCUCAUAUCGGCUUAAGAGCAUCACUCCCGUUGGUCGUAGAGAAUUCAUUGAAGAGUUAUCCAACUUUAGACACAGGACAAAUGACCUUAGACUUAACGCCGUCGAACAGGAGAACGGAGAAGGCUUGAAGGGGCCAAGGCUCAUUCUCUUUAAGGAAGGGGAGUCUAAUUCUGUAGUUCGGGAUCAUCCGUCUGAUGAAACUGAUGGUAAGAAGAAAACAGUUGAUUUCUCAGGAAUUGAUGGAAAUAAUCACAAAAACAUGGGCGAGCAAGUGAUAGUUUCACAGCGGACGACAGCGAACGCAAAGGAUCAAGAUCUAACAGCUAACCAACUAGCUGAUAAGAGGGAUUUUAAACCCCCUUUAUCCAAGGGUGAAAAAAACUCAAAGGUUCAGCCUGACAGAGCAACAGAUGUGAAGAUAAAAGAGAUCAGAGACAAAAUUAUACAAGCUAAAGCCUACCUGAAUUCUGCUCCACCUGGAAGUAACUCUCAGAUUGUGAAGGAGCUGAGAGCUCGAAUGAGAGAGCUGGAACGCGCUGUUGGUGAUGCGAUAAAGGAUAAAGAUUUGUCAAAGGGCGCUCUUCGCAGGCUGAAGCCCAUGGAAGCUGCAUUAUACAAGGCUAGCCGUGUCUUUAACAAUUGCCCUGCCAUUGCUACCAAACUCCGUGCCAUGAAUUAUAACACAGAAGAACAAGUCCAGGCGCAGAAAAAUCAAGCAUCAUAUCUAAUGCACCUUGCUGCAAGGACCACCCCAAAAGGGCUUCACUGUCUCUCAAUGCGUUUGACAUCUGAGUACUUUGCCCUGGAUCCUGAAAAUAGGCAGAUGCCUAACCAGCAGAAUUACAAUGAUCCUAAUCUCAAUCAUUAUGUUGUCUUCUCUGACAAUGUUUUGGCUUCCGCAGUCGUUGUUAACUCGACCAUACAUUCUUCAAAGGAACCGGAAAACAUUGUAUUCCAUGUCGUGACUGAUUCACUUAACUACCCGGCAAUCUCAAUGUGGUUUUUGCUAAACGCACAAAGUACAGCUACGAUCCAAAUCCAAAACAUUGAUGAUAUGGAUGUCCUGCCUUUAGAUUAUGAUCAAUUGCUGAUGAAGCAAAAAUCCAGUGACCCAAGAUUCAUUUCUACCCUCAAUCACGCACGCUUCUAUCUGCCGGAUAUAUUCCCGGGUUUGAACAAGAUUGUAGUCCUUGACCAUGAUGUAGUAGUUCAAAGAGAUCUAAGUAGACUGUGGAGCAUUGAUAUGAAAGGGAAGGUGGUUGGUGCUGUAGAGACUUGUCAAGAAGGUGAACCUUCGUUCCAUUCAAUGAGCUCAUUUAUUAAUUUCUCAGACGCAUGGGUCGCUGGGAAAUUCAAUCCUAAAGCUUGCACGUGGGCGUUCGGGAUGAAUCUAGUUGAUCUCGAAGAAUGGAGAAGACAGAAGUUGACUUCUACAUACAUUAAAUACUUCAACCUGGGAACAAAGAGACCUUUGUGGAAAGCUGGGAGCUUACCGAUAGGUUGGUUGACUUUCUAUAGGCAAACAUUCCCGUUGGACAAGAGAUGGCAUGUGAUGGGGUUAGGGCGCGAAUCAGGAGGAGUCAAAACGGUUGACAUUGAGCAAGCUGCGGUUAUACACUACGAUGGGAUCAUGAAGCCGUGGUUGGAUAUUGGAAUCGGUAAAUACAAACGUUACUGGAACAUUCAUGUCCCGUACCAUCACUCCUACCUGCAACAGUGCAACAUUCAGGCCUGA